AUGAACCCGCCGCCCAUGCCUGCUGCGAAUAAGCCGGCUGCUUUGGCGGAGCCCCAUCUCCCUCUACACAGGAAUCAAAGAAGCGCCCACAGCAGCAUCAGUCCGAGCCAGCAUCGAGUGCGCCGCCUCCGCCAAGAAGACAAAGCGUACCAAGCCCAAGAAGAGCGCACCCCAGCAAGCUGCCGAAGAUCUUCUACAGAGGGCGAGGAGGGCGAGUGGGACUGGAAGGAUGUGGCAAUGCCAACAUACAUUCCAGGCGCCGACAACGACAUUGGCGGCAUGGUGUCCCUGCAGGAGAUCGACGGUGUUAACUGCGCCUGGGAGGACGACGAGGAGACUGGUGGCCGCACUCUGAAAUUCCACAAGGCGCGCAAAGCUGGCAAGCCCGCCCAGAAGAGCGAUGCCAAGCAGGCCAAGCGCACUGUGCCGCUGGCACGCAUCACCUCGACGCGCGACGACUCUGACGAAGAGAUUGAUAACUUUUACGACACCGUGGACUGGGACAGCUUUGUCGCUGUCGACGACUACUCGGAACAAAAGGCAGAGACGGGUGAACUCGUUUCGAUUGGCAAGCUUAUGCGCGAAGCUGAAAGCGAGCUGGCUGGGGCCAAUGUUGCCACUGAUGCCGACGAGGGCCAGUCGGACGAUGAUGUAGUGGGACUCGAGGAAGAAGAAGAGGAUGAGGAGGAGGAGAUUGGCGAGGACGAGGACGAGGACGCCAUGCAAGUCGAUGAAGUCGAGAUCGAAGAUGAUGAGGAGAAAGACGAUACAAAGGCCGCAGGCUUUGAGGACGACGUAGAGGACCCGGAUGUCGACGUUUCCGCCUGGGAUGCGUUCGGCACCGGCUCAGGAAAGACACUGGCCUUUGGAAUCCCCAUGCUGCAGCACAUUUCCGAGAACCCCGGCAAGUGGACUGCGCCGACAGGUCUUGUGCUGACGCCGACGCGCCAUGGCGCGCUUUUCCCGGGCGCGCUCGUUGUUAUUGUCGGCGGCAUGUCGCAGCCGAAGCAAGAGAGACAGCUGAACACAUGCCCGGACAUCAUCAUCGCAACGCCAGGCCGCUUCUGGGACUUGCUCAAGGACAUUUUCAAGGCCCUCAACGAGACUGCGCUGCAGGAGACCGAGCGCCGCCGCCAGACUUUUGUCUUCUCGGCAACCUUGCUCAAGGACAUGCAGCUUAACAAGCGCAAGCUGUCGCCAAAGGCAAUGAAGCGCAUGCAGGGAAAGCCCGAAUCCGGAACCAUGGAGGAUCUCAUCGGGCGCGUCGGCUUCUACGACAAGCAGCCCCUGUUUAUCGAUGUCACUCGCGGUGAUUCUACAGCCAAGACGCUUAAGGACCAUUACCUGUACUACUUUUUGAUGCGGUACCCUGGCCGCACCCUUGUGUUUGUGAACAGCAUUGACUCGAUCCGCCGCAUGCUCCCGAUGCUGCGCCUACUGCAGAUCAAUGUGUUUGGCCUCCACGCGCAGAUGGAGCAGCGCCAGCGUCUCAAGAACGUCGACCGCUUCCGCGACACUGAGAACGCCGUCAUGGUUGCUAGUGACGUGGCCGCGCGCGGUCUCGAUAUCCCGCAGGUCGACUAUGUCAUCCACUACCAGCUCCCGCGUUCGGGCGACCUGUACGUUCACCGCAGUGGCCGUACUGCGCGUGCCAGUAACGAGGGCCUGGCUGUCAUGAUGGUCAGCCCCGAGGAGCGCAAACUGUAUUACAAGAUGUGCGCCAAGCUGGACAAGGACAUUUCGCCGUUCCCCAUCGACCUGGACCUUAUCGGGCGCCUGAAGCCUCGCGUCGAUCUGGCCAGGGACAUUGAUCUUCGCGAGCACAAGCUGAACAAGAUUUCGCACGAGCGCAACUGGUUCAAGAAGAACGCCGCCGAGAUGGACAUUGAGCUGGACAGCGACUUUAUGCCCUCAUCCGACGAUGAGCGUGGCAGUGAGAUCAAUCGCUCCGAGAAGCAGGAAAAGAUGCACAUCAGGACGGCCAAGUCACGGCUCAACCAGAUGCUUUCAAAGAAGAUCAUGGGAAGAGGUAUCUCUGGGCGCUAUCUGUCCAGCGGAAUCAUUAGCGACCUGGCCGACCGUCUGUUGGACCAGAAGGACGCACACGCAGUGUUUAGCACACUGCGCAAGGAGUCGGCGCUCGAGACAGCCAAGCUGAAGACGGAUAACCGGAAGUAA